UUUUUAUUGUGUUAUUUUAUUAAAUAAUUUAUAAACAAAUCCUAACCUAAUAUAAACACGUAUCUAAUAAAUAUAUAUAUUUGUAAUAAGUUUAAAUAUUUUUAUGAAAAAUGGCUAAUAUAGCUUUAAGCGAGGCCGAGAAAACAUUUAUUCUUCAUGGCGUGGAGGAAGAUUUUCGUGUAGACGGGCGUUCUUGUCGUGAUUACCGCCCGAUGGAAUUGGAAACGGAGCUAGUAAAUAAUGCCAGCGGCUCAGCGCGUUUAAGAUUAGCAAAUACCGAUAUUUUAGUGGGAAUUAAAACUGAAAUUGAUAAACCUUCUAUUCAAUUUCCUGAACGUGGAAAAAUUGAGUUCUUUGUUGACUGUUCAGCCAACGCAGCACCUGAGUUUGAAGGCCGCGGUGGCGAAGAAUUAGCCUUGGAAUUAGCUGACACAUUAGCUAACGCGUAUGAAUCUUCUUUGGCUUUUGAUUUAAAAGAUUUGUGCAUUCUUCCUGGUCAACAAUGUUGGAAACUAUACGUUGAUAUAUUGAUUUUGGAAUGUGGUGGUAAUCUGUUUGAUGCUGUCUCUCUAGCAGCAAAAGCUGCCUUGUAUAAUACAAAAAUACCGCGUGUUACUUCUGCUCUCAUGGAUGCCGGAGAAGCUGACCUAAUUAUUAGCGAUGAUCCUCACGAUUCCACACGUAUAAAAAUUGAUCAUAUACCCAUACUGGUAACUGUUUGUAAAAUUGGCGACUGCUGUGUGGUAGAUCCUUCGGCAGAAGAAGAGGAAUGCAGCACAGCAUCAAUAGUGGUAGCAGUGUCCCGUCGCGACGAUUCAACUUUCAUUUCGCACACUCAUACAGUAGGUCAUGGUUCUUUGCACAAGGACACAGUUUUCAAUUGCCUGAAACUAGGAGUACCCGUGGCCGAACAGCUUAACGAAGCUUUAAUGAAAACUUUAAUACUGGAAGAAAGCGUACUAGGCAUGCAAAAAAAUAGGUCUGUUGGUUUUUUGAAGUAGUACCAUUUACCAAAAACCAACUUUAAAUCAUGCCUCAAAUGUUUUAUUAGAAAUGUUUUUAUAAUUUAAAAUUUUUCUAUAAAAUACACUUUUU